AUGACCAACCUUUUUGCUUUCCUCGCUGUGUUUGCCGCCAUAGCCAGUGCGACCGUGAACCAAACCGACGACCGCCAGCUCCAAACCACGGACGCAUCGUUUUGCUGGAAGACAACGCAUACACGCGGUGUUGGCCAAGUGCCGGUAUCGUGCGCCGCCGGACAAGAGCGCCUGGGUCUGCUGUGCUACGACAAGUGUCCAGUGGGCAUGACCCGUAAAGGCCUCGACUGCCACUCGAACUGCCCCGCUGGGUUUGCCGACCAAGGACUGUUUUGUCGCAACACUGAAUACGGCCGGGGGUUUGGGUACCCGUGGAAGUUUGGCGACUGGCUAAACGACAGCGGCAUGUACCAACGCUGCCAAAAGGACCAUGGACAGGGCAAGUGCGAAAACUGGGGGUGGGUUGUGUACCCCAAGUGCUUGCCGGGCUACACUUCGUUUGGUUGUUGCAUCUGUCGACCAACCAUCCCCGACUGCGAGGCCCUUGGCUUGGGCGGCCGGGUGGACUUGUCGUGUGCCAAGAAAUCACGAUUGGGACGCCUUACUUGGGCACAGCCUAUUCCGUGCCUGUUUGUGUCGGCAAGACUCCUCGACCAAGGCCUCAAGGCUGGGACACCCCUUUCAGUCGAGAUUCACGCGUCGAAAGUGGAAGACCGCGUCGUCCAACUGAAGACGUCACUCUGCAAUUUACCUCGCCUCGACGUGAUGGCAAACCUUCUUGCUUUCCUCGCCGUGUUUGCCGCCAUGGCCAGUGCGAGCGUGAACCAAACCGACGACCGCCAGCUCCAAACCACGGACGCAUCGUUUUGCUGGAAGACAACGCAUACACGCGGUGUUGGCCAAGUGCCGGUAUCGUGCGCCGCCGGACAAGAGCGCCUGGGUCUGCUGUGCUACGACAAGUGUCCAGUGGGCACGACCCGCGUAGGCCUUGACUGCCACUCGAUCUGCCCCGCUGGGUUCGCGGACCAAGGACUGUUUUGUCGCUACAGUGAAUACGGCUGGGGGGUUGGGUACCCGUGGAAGUUUGGCGACUGGCUGGACAACAGCGGCAUGUACCAACGCUGCCAAAAGGACCAUGGGCAGGACAAGUGCGAAAACUGGGGGCGGGUUGUGUACCCCAAGUGUGACCGGGCUACACUUCGUUUGGCCCUUGGCUUGGGCGGCCGGGUGGACUUGUCGUGUGCCAAGAAAAUCACGAUUGGGACGCCUUACUUGGGCACGUGCGCUGCCAACGAAGAGCGCGAUGCAGGUCUAUGCUACCCCAAGUGCAAGCCCAAGCACACGGGUCUCGGCCCGGUGUGCUGGGGUCGCCCUCCUCCCUCGUGGGUGAACUGCGGCAUGGGGGCCGCAAAAACCACCUUCGAUUGCAUCACUGCCAUCAAAGACCAAAUCUUGUCCGUGGGGGAGCUUGUACUCAACAUCGUCACAGGGUUUGCCGCCAGUUCGGCCAAGGUGCUCAAAGGCCCGGCGGACCCCGCCAAGCUCGCCCAGUUGUUGAAGGCGUGGAACGCCAUUAAAUCCAAGCCGGUGGUCCAAACGGCCAUCAAAUCCUACGACAUUGCCAACAAAGCCAGAAUUGGUAACCUGAUCAUCCACGAUCUCCAGCAGGCCAACUCCACCACCGAAGACUACGUGCGUAUCGCAGCCUCAAUCGCGUCCCUCUUGGACCCCAGCGGCGUCUCGGGUGUCAUUGCGGCCUACACGUUCUCCACUUGCGACAAAGUGGCAACCUAA